GGGAAUUGGGAUGGUGAAGGUCUUUCACAUGCAGUUCUGUGCUAUCUCUUCUGGACCAAAGUGUGCUGGGGAAGAGAAGCGGGUCGGUACGCGCACCGUGGUGGUCGGGCACCGUCCGGUUUUGGAAACGGAUGCGUACGUGGCACAGAAGUUCUGCGACAACAGGAUUGUCUCCUCCAAGUACACCCUCUGGAACUUCCUCCCGAAGAACCUUUUUGAGCAGUUUAGAAGAAUUGCCAACUUCUACUUCCUCAUCAUCUUCCUCGUGCAGGUGAUAGUGGACACCCCAACCAGCCCGGUGACCAGCGGCCUCCCGCUCUUCUUUGUCAUCACUGUCACAGCUAUCAAACAGGGAUAUGAGGACUGGCUGAGGCACAGAGCUGACAACGAAGUGAACAAAAGCAACGUCUUCAUUGUCGAAAAUGCAAAGCAAGUGCAGAAAGAGAGUGAAAAAAUCAAGGUUGGAGACAUAGUAGAAGUGAAAGCGGAUGAGACCUUCCCCUGUGACUUGAUAUUUUUGGCCUCGAGCAGCACAGACGGGACCUGUUACGUCACUACCGCGAGUCUCGAUGGCGAGUCCAAUUUCAAGACUCACUACGCGGUGCGGGAUACCACCGUGCUCUGUACAGACGAAGCCAUCGACACCCUCACAGCCACGAUCGAGUGCGAACAGCCACAGCCCGACCUCUACAAAUUUGUUGGAAGAAUUAUCAUCUACAGAAGCAACCAAGAGCCCGUAGCCAGGUCUUUGGGUCCUGAAAACUUGUUGCUGAAAGGUGCUACCCUCAAAAAUACCAAGAAGAUUUAUGGAGUUGCAGUCUAUACUGGAAUGGAAACGAAAAUGGCUUUGAACUACCAAGGGAAAUCUCAGAAACGGUCUGCUGUAGAAAAAUCUAUCAACGCUUUCUUGAUAGUGUAUUUGUGCAUCCUAUUGAGCAAGGCUACUGUGUGCACGACGCUGAAAUAUGUCUGGCAGAGUAAUCCAUUUAACGAUGAGCCUUGGUACAACGAAAAGACUAAAAAAGAGAGAGAGACGUUCAAGGUCUUGCGGAUGUUCACAGACUUCUUGUCGUUUAUGGUCCUCUUCAAUUUUAUUAUCCCAGUCUCCAUGUACGUUACAGUAGAGAUGCAGAAGUUCUUGGGCUCCUUCUUCAUCUCUUGGGACAAGGAGAUGUACGAUGAAGAAAUAAAAGAGGGGGCGUUGGUGAACACCUCGGACCUGAACGAAGAGCUCGGGCAGGUGGAGUACGUCUUCACGGACAAAACCGGGACCCUGACGGAGAACAGUAUGGAGUUCAUAGAGUGCUGCAUAGACGGGCACAAGUACAAAGACUGCAUUUCGGAGGUGGAUGGCUUCUCUCAGACCGAUGGACCCCUAAAAUAUUAUGGCAAAGCAGAAAAGAGCCGUGAGGAGCUGUUCCUGCGAGCCCUCUGCCUGUGCCACACCGUUCAGAUCAAGGAAGCAGACCAGGUGGAUGGGCUGAUAGGACAUCCAGAAUGCAAAUACACCUAUAUCUCCUCUUCCCCAGACGAAAUUGCUUUGGUGAAAGGCGCAGAAAAGUAUGGUUUCACUUUUCUAGGACUUGAAAAUGAUUUCAUGAAAAUACGAAACCAAAAGAAUGAAACAGAAAUGUACCAACUUCUCCAUGUGUUGAACUUUGAUCCUGUCCGUCGCCGUAUGAGUGUCAUUGUGAGAACCACCACGGGAAAGUUGCUUCUCUUCUGUAAAGGAGCAGACUCCUCUAUUUUUCCAAGGGUGCAGCAAGAAGAAAUCCAACAAACGAAAGUCCAUGUAGACCGCAAUGCUAUGGAUGGCUACCGAACGCUCUGCGUGGCAUUCAAAGAACUAACUCAAAAGGAGUACGACAAAAUUGACAGACAAGUUAACGAAGCUAAGAUGGCUCUGCAGGACAGGGAGGAGAAGAUGGCAAAGGUUUUUGAGGACACAGAAGCGGACAUGCACUUGAUUGGGGCUACUGCCGUAGAAGACAGACUGCAGGAGCAGUCGGCAGAGACUAUCGAAGCUCUGCACGCAGCUGGCAUGAAGGUUUGGGUGCUGACGGGAGACAAGAUGGAAACUGCCAAAUCCACCUGCUACGCCUGCAGGCUCUUCCAGACCAGCACCGAGCUGCUGGAGCUGACGGCGAAAACGGUGGGCGAGAGCGAAAGAAAGGAGGAUCGGCUCCAUGAGCUGCUGAUGGAGUACCAUAAAAAGCUGAUUCAGGACGUUCCCAAAAACCAGGGAGGCCUGAAGAGAAGCUGGACAUUGAGUCAAGAAUAUGGCCUGAUUAUAGAUGGCUCGACGUUGUCGCUGAUACUCAACCCUUCUCAGGACUCCAGUUCUAGUAAUUACAAAACCAUCUUUCUACAAAUCUGCUUGAAGUGUACUGCAGUCCUCUGCUGCCGGAUGGCUCCUUUGCAGAAAGCACAGAUUGUGCGAAUGGUGAAGAACACAAAAGGGAGCCCGAUAACACUCUCCAUAGGGGAUGGUGCAAAUGAUGUUAGUAUGAUUUUGGAAGCACAUGUUGGAAUAGGUAUAAAAGGCAAAGAAGGACGGCAGGCUUCCAGAAACAGUGACUAUGCUGUGCCAAAGUUUAAACAUUUAAGAAAAUUGCUACUAGCACAUGGGCAUUUAUAUUAUGUGAGAAUAGCACACCUUGUACAGUAUUUCUUCUAUAAGAACCUUUGCUUCAUUUUACCGCAGUUUUUAUACCAGUUCUUCUGUGGAUUCUCACAGCAGCCACUGUACGAUGCUGCUUAUCUUACCAUGUACAACAUCUGCUUCACAUCACUACCUAUCCUGGCGUACAGCCUCCUGGAGCAGCAUAUAAACAUCGACACACUGACCUCAGAUCCUCAGCUGUAUAUGAAGGUUUCAGAUAAUGCAAUGCUGCAGUGGAGGCCGUUCCUGUACUGGACCUUUCUGGGCGCCUUUGAAGGACUUGUGUUUUUCUUUGGAGUUUAUUUUCUUUUUCAAAAUUCAUCAUUGGAAGAUAACGGAAAGGUUUUUGGGAACUGGACCUUUGGGACGAUUGUUUUCACCGUGCUGGUGUUCACCGUCACUCUGAAGCUAGCGUUAGAUACCCGAUUCUGGACGUGGAUGAACCACUUUGUGAUUUGGGGCUCCCUUGCCUUCUAUGUGUUUUUCUCAUUCUUUUGGGGAGGAGUCAUUUGGCCUUUCUUGAAGCAGCAAAGAAUGUAUUUUGUAUUUGCCCAUAUGCUGACUUCUGUUUCCACGUGGCUGGCAAUAAUUCUCCUGAUCUUUAUCAGCCUUUUCCCAGAAAUUCUUCUAAUAGUUUUAAAAAGUAUAAAAGAGAAAAAUCAUCAGACUGGCCCCUUUGAUCUGCCUAUGUUAGUCUCAUACAAACGUAUAGAGAAUGGUUAUGUGAAGACUGAAGAUGCUGUUACUAAUUUGGCAGAAAGAUAUCCUCUCAGGAUACUUUAAAGUGUUCCGUACAAACACUGCGUAUUGUCAAGCUGUAGGAAAACAACAUGGUUUUAACCUAACAGUUCUCUUUAAUAUUACCAAGUACAGUAAGCAGCCAUGCUGAUAAAGCGGUAGCCAGGGCACUGGCCCCACGGUACCCGUUUGUCUUUGGGCUUGUGGCUUCCCCACCCCCCCCAAAAAAAAUUCUGCCAAAUUCUACGUCAUUGGAGGCUGAGAGAGCGUCUUUAGGAAUUCAUCCAAAAGAGCAUGAAUUGAAGUGCAAGAGAGCAAUGCCAGCCCCAUUUCACACGGGGGCUUCCUCUGCCUGCUGCAGAUCUGUCCGAGAGCAGCAGAGAGCUGCUGAAGUCUCUUGCUCUGCCUGACCAAAGAAGUAGCACAGACUUUAAACCCCAUAACAACCCCCUCCAGCUCCCCGAAGGCGCUGGGGAAAGCCUGCUCCUCUCACGCAGAAGCUGGAUGCAGCCCUGCGAGCAUCUCGCCUGGUGCUGGGGCUGCGAUCCCUCGGCGGGGGGCUGCCCCCUCCCAGCGAUGGGUUGCUAGAUGCAUGCGGCAGAAAUACUUGAAAACUCGGGAGAAAUCUUUGCCAACGGUGCAAAGCGCUCAGUCGCAUAUUGCUCCUGGUACAGCUGGAAGCGGUCUGCGGUCCAUCCGCAGUGGUGGUAUCCAUGCAGAGACCCACGAUGCUGGGAAGUGCCUGAGCAUCCUCCUGCGGCCAGUUUGCUGAUGGGUUUAUUCCUGAUGGAGCGUGAAGAAAAGGUCAUUUUCCCUCGCGUUGUGGCUGUUCAUGAUGGAAGGAAGCUUUCGCGGGGGAGGAAAGAAUCUCAAAAGUUGGGUUGUGCCAGACUUUCAGCCGUUUUGCCCGGGUUCCUGUGGUUGUGCUUACGUUACUGCGCUGUGCAGUUGCUUCAACACUUUAAAGGCCUGAGUGACAGUGCGGUCCUUGGAUGAUCCCAGGGACAUGGGCUGUGCCUGUAAACUUGCAGGCAUAUAAAACUGCAUCUUGAGUUAUUUGCACUAAGAAAAAAGAAGCCGGUUUAAAAAUAAAAGGAAUACAUGAACCUGAUUUUAUUUUACACUUUAUUUGGUUUUUAAAUUGGCAUGUUCUUUUUAAAUCUACCUGUACCAUGGUCAUGGGAACUUUUUCUCUUUAGGUUGUGCGCAGCGAUGGUGAGAUGCCUGACUCUCAAUAUGUUUGUUUGGUUUUUUUUUUCCUCUGAUACUUCAUAUGUGGAAAAAGCAGCUUUUUUGUUGCGUUAAGUCAUAAGCAGUGACCGAGCACCCUGUGUGCCACCACUGUUUGGUGUGAAGGUCCCCCCUCGUGCUGGCUGCCCCUGGCCCCGGCGCUCUGCAGAGCGGUGCGGAGGAACUGCUGUGAGAAGCGUUCAAGUCUCAUUUCAGAAGUUACAAGCUCCACGCUGCGGCUGGGUUUGGCUCCUGCUCUCUCAGGCUUUUUGUCACUUACAUGCGAAGAAACAACAAUUUGGGACUGGAUGCAACAUUCCCUUCAUUAAAUUUCGCUAACAGUGGACUAUUAAUUUUCAGAAGAAUCGAAUCUUGCUCUCUGGCUGCCACCCCUGAGGUCUGUCUUCGACUCUGGUGGAAGCAGGGUGCGGAUCAGCUGCAGGCAAAUUCUGGCGUGCAUCGUAAGAACUUUGCACUGGGCCUUACCUGAGUGGGAAAGGGGUGUGCACAGUCCCUAUGGCUGGUGGCUGCUCUCACAUCACCCAGCGUGGGAGGGGACAUAUGGACAGGACCACUGUAUUAUACACGCUGCACUGGCCUCAACGCAAGUGGUGUUCGUUAGCACCGUGUUAGCAACCGCGGCUCGACUCCUUGCUGCAUGCAAGUACGGAGCUGCACUUCCAGCAUGUGUCCCAUGGGCAAAGCUUUUUUUUAUUUCUUUCUUCUUCUUUUCCUUUUCCUAGCUCAUUUCACGGACCUAGAAUUCAAUUUGCAGACCGUGUCUCAUUCUCAACUUUUCUUGCUAAAAUGUGGUGCCUACAGAUCAAGUAUGCGAUGAAUACAAUGAAGAUACGCUCUAUAUGCCAAAUCUAACCUUUCUCCUUAAAUAUACAGUUGCUGAUUUGUGUUUACGUAACCUUUAAAAUGUGGGCGCUGAAACGCCUAAUUCCUGUGAUUCGAAACCAUUCCAAGCCCGAAUGGUCCCAAGCCUGACGCCUUGCUUCUCGGUUUGUUUUGUGUCGCGCUCUACUCCUAGGGUCAAAGUCUGUUCCCGUGAAAUUCAGCUGGAGGUUUUGCUGGUGACUUUAGUGGGAACAGAGCGAAGCUUGCCAUGUACGUGUGAGCUGUCCAAAUGAAGCCGCUUAAAGGGGCUCAUUUCUGCAGCCUGUUUUAAGACUGAGCCUUCUUUCUUUUCCCGUUUCCAAGUGUCCUGUCUCAGGAUGGAGCAAGCCAUUGCAAGAGCUGUACGUUCAAACCCAAGGCACGCGUGCUGAAAAGCUGGUUGGAAUUAACGUGAAAUGUCUUGAAUAGCAGCUCUUUUGGGAAAAUGCAGGUUUUCUUAGGCUUGCAUCUUCAGCUAGUGCACUGGUGUAGUGCUGGGAAUGCCAGGACAGGCGGGCUGCCCUGCACCCGCAGAAGAGCUGGUCCUCGUCAUUCAGCAAUGGCAGAAGUGAAAUUCCUAUUGCUGUGGAUGAUUUGUGAAAUCAGGGGAAACACGAGACCCCUUUUGGGGUUAGAGAAGGGAAGAAAAAGUGGUGAUAGUGACCGUAAGGUAUAAGGCAGCAGGAUGCUGAAGGGGCAGUAAUCCAACAGUGACGCUGUGAUUGUUGUUCAUGUACCAUAAUACACGCUGCGCUGUUACAGUGCUCGUUAGUGAGCUAAAAGGUCAGUACAGGCUUCUCGGUGGAAAAACUUGAAGGAAAAAAGGCUGGGGUUUUUUCAUAAUAAUUCGUUGAAGUUUAAUCACUGGCUAGUGACACUGAAAGAUAAGUAAUGAAGGUUCCCUCUACAACUGUUACGUGAUAACGGAGGAACUUGGUGUAGUCAUAGCUACUUUUCAAAAACUAAUCCUAAUUGUUAUGAGAAUAUUAUAAAUUACUUGGAAUUGCGUAAAAGCUUAAAAUUGAAUUUGUAUACACACAGUUGAAAAACUUACCUAAUACUGCACCAUUUAUCCAAUUUCCCAGCUAUGGAUUUUUUUUAAAAACCAUGUAGUUUUUAAGUGUAAAGUGUAAAUUAUAUACAGGCAAUGAGAAGAUACAUUUUCAGCUUCUUGCAAAAAAAAAAAGGACUGCAACCUUACAUUUUUUUCACUUAAAUGCAAUUUUAUACAUUUAUGUUGCUUUAUAUAAAGGAAAUGGAAUGUGAAUGUUACCUUUUAUGAAUGCAACUUGCUCUUUUUUCAUUACAGAAACUUUUGUUUGAAGUAAUCAAUAAACUUUGGUAUGUUGUUCUGAUUAAUA